ACAACUUACAGCAAGUAGCAGAUAUGAUAUUACCAUCAUUAUUCGCAGUCGCACAGACACAGAUUCAGAUAGAAAUACUACUGCUCACAGCACCAGACUGGUCUGGAGGGAGCCAAACGGCAGCACCGCAUCAGAAACUGGCAUGCAUUGAGACAAUGUACAAUUCCACAUCAGUGUGGUCAAUGACUCGAAGAGCAUUUCAUUUUCAUGCAUAUAAAAGGACCCAAUUGUCCAAAUAGCACCAUCAAACAUUUUGUUAUAUCAAAUUCCAUUCCUUUACACCAAUCCUGAAUUGAUAACUGUUGUUAAAGCACUAGUAAUGAUUCAUAAUAGCCAUAAAGAUACCAAGAAGCAGGUCGACUCUGCACAACAAAAGCCCCUCAUUGGUGGUUGGAACGCUGCCAUAUUCAUCUUUUUUGUUGAAGUAGCAGAGCGAUUUGCUUUCUUUGGCUUGGCUGCAAACCUCAUCACAUACCUCACAAAUGAACUUCACCAGCCUAUCUCCACAGCGGCUAAGAAUGUCAACACUUGGGCUGGCGUAUCCUAUAUCGUCCCUUUGUUUGCAGCCUUUGUUGCCGAUUCAUUGUUCGGUCGGUUCAACACAAUCCUUUUGGCUUCAGUCAUUUAUCUUGUGGGAAUGAUUUUGUUAACAUUGUCGGUCUCAGUAGUUCCAUUGGAUUAUCGUAAAGCAAUAUUCUUUGUAGCACUUUACAUAAUAGCAGUCGGGGAAGGUGGGCACAAACCAUGUGUCCAAACCUUUGCAGCAGACCAAUUUGAGGAGGAUUCACUUGAGGAUAAGAAGGUCAAGAGCUCAUUCUUUAACUGGUGGUUCUGGGGAAUAGUGGCUGGCCAAUGUUCUGCUAUUUUGGUAGCGAUAUACGUGGAGGAUAAUGUUGGCUGGACUGCAGGAAUAGGAAUGUUGGCAAUAGCAAUGGCAGUGGCAUUGAUAACGUUCUUGCUAGGAAUUAAGAGGUACCGUAAGCAAGGCCCCAUAGGGAGCCCCUUAACUACAGUGGCACAGGUACUAGUGGCAGCCGUGAGGAAGUGGCGCGUGAAGCAGAAGUUUGACAAUUGUAGUGUUUGUCAUGGAGAUGGGCUCCUUGCACCGGGUCAACCUAAGACUCAGACUUUGGCCCAUACAAAUCAGCUGAGAUGUUUGGACAAGGCAAUGAUUAUUGAUAACCUUGACGCCAUUAGAACAAUUCGGGAUCCUUGGAGGCUAUGCUCUUUACAUCAAGUGGAAGAAGUGAAGCUUGUUCUACGCCUUUUUCCCAUAUGGUUGAGUUGCUUAAUGUUCGCCAUAGUCAUAUCCCAAAUGAAUACCUUCUUUGUAAAGCAAGGUAGUACAUUGCAGCGAUCCAUUACACCCCAUUUUAUCAUUCCCCCUGCUUCACUUCAAGCCCUUGUUGGCCUCACAAUCCUACUCAAUAUGCCCAUCUAUGACCGAGUUUUUGUCCCCAUUGCUAGAAAAUUCACGGGACACCCAUCUGGCAUAACUGUGCUACAAAGGAUAGGCACUGGUCUAUUUCUCUCUAUAUUUAUCAUGAUUGUCUCAGCUCUAGUAGAGGCCAAAAGGAUCAAUGUUGUAAAAGAGUAUAACCUAUUAGACUAUCCUAAAUCAAUUGUACCAAUGAAAGUAUGGUGGCUACUACCACAAUAUAUAAUUACUGGUUUGGUUGAGAUAUUCACAUAUGUUGGGCUCCAAGAGCUGUUUUAUGCUCAAAUGCCAGAGGCAAUGAGAAGCUUAGGAGCAGCAGUAUACCUUAGUGUUACCGGAAUUGGAAAUUUCAUUAGUAGUGCAAUUAUUUCUAUGGUUCAGGCAAUUAGUUCAAGGUAUGGUGAAGAAUGGCUUGGUGACAAUAUCAACCGUGCCCAUCUUGAUUACUUCUAUUGGGUGUUGGCUGGGUUAAGUGCCUUGAAUUUGUGUAUUUAUGUAUGUAUCGCUAUGCGUUUUGUGUACAAAAAAGUUGAAGAGGAUGACGUUCCAGGUGAAAAAGAGUCAGGCGCCAUCAACGGGUACGUGGAUGGGGAGAUAAUAUGAGUGUAAGGAGUACCAAAUGGCCAUGUAGGGCAUAUAUAGUGUAUUUGUAAUUGUUGAUGUAUAUCCAAUUCAAUAGCAACUACUCUCACUUUAAAGUGCAUGUUUUCAUUAGAUGUAGUAAUAGGUAUUUGUUUA